UGUUAAGUCGUACAUGUAUUCCUUAUACGAAACAAUUUCAAUAAGCGGACUUAUAUAGGAUUAAAAAUCACUACACCUCCGGGACGUCUCGGCGUUUUGUGCCGUCCUCAGUGGAAGAAAAUUAUCUUAUUUAAUUCAAUCUUAACCCCUAGAGGUCACGCUUAUAUCAAAAUACACUGUGUGCUAAAAGACCAACCAAAAGUUUUCGAUUACAGAAAUAGAGUUUUAGUUGAUUAGUUUCUCAGUAUGACACUCCGUGAAGAGAAUUAACCGACUGCUACAAAACUGUGAGGCGGACAUUAUAUUCUACUGACCAACGAGUGUCAUCAGUGAGGCAGAUAAAUACAAUAUUGACCUAAUCCAGUUUAAAAUCGGGAAUUUGGAUCCUUUGUUCUUAUUUAUCUAGAAAUUAUAUUGACCUAUUCGAGUUUGAUAUCGAGAAGAAAACUAUAUUGACCAAAUCGAAUUGGAUGUCCGGACGCUGGGCUGUAUUUUAUGCUGGAGUAUAAAGGCGAGAGGUUAUAAAUAGGAAACUCAGACCAAGAAUAUGAGAGUGAUAAUGGCGCUGGUGAUACUCUCACUUUUAAGUGGAUCAGGUUUUGGAAGAACAGUGGAUUUAUCUAUGGAGUCCAAUUUCCCGGAAUCAAGCCUGUUGUUAGAACAAAACAUAGAACCGGAAAAACCGUCAACACAUGAGCUAUUGACAAUUCUGAAGAUUAUUAAUGGUGGUGCCGUGCAACUGCAACAGAAAACGACGAACCGGAUUACCAAUGACGUCAUUUUAGAACCAAUGAAGACCAAUCAGAUUUCGAAACGUCAUAAUUUUGUCAGAAACCGGCGACCAAUGGCAGAUUGUCUUAGUAACUGUAUACGAAGAGUACAAAGAGUCAUAGCCUGUAAAAAUCUGUGUUUCUGAACAUCUCAAUAUGAUCAUGUGACGACCUAAAAAUCUAUGUUUCUGAACAUCGCACCUCUAUCUCAAUAUAAUCACGUGACGACCUAAAUAUCUGUGUUUCUGAACAUUAAAUCUGUAUCUAAAUGUAAUUAUUGACGACCUACUGUGAUGGGGAAUGAUGUCUACAAUAAACAAUAUAAUUAUAUUACAAAUGAAUUAUUAGCCUCUGUCUGCUGUCUGUUCAAAGAUCAACCAAGCAAAUACUGCGUAAUCCAACAGAAUUUAGGAAACAAGACGUCGAAUUACACCAUUUAAAGAACAUGGAAAAGGACAAAUGGAUUUUAGGAUAAGGAUUUCCAGUCAACGGAUUACAGAUUACAAAGGUGUUGGAUUCGGCAGGUGUGCUUGUCAUUGAAAGACUGUAAUCAUCUGUGACGUAAGACUUUCAUCAUCAGUGACUUUAUAAGAAUCAGUGACGUAAUAAGAAUAUCAUCUGUGACAUGGAAAAAAUGCCAUCAUCAGUGACGUGAUAGGACUGUCAUCCUCAGUGACGUAAUAAGAAUAUAGUAAUCAAUGACGUUGUUGUACCACGAACUGUGAACCCAAAUUACGUCAUGGAAUUAUGUUGCGUAUCUUGUUUAUUUUCUGCUGUUAAAUUUUGCUCACACAUAAAUCUUGAAAAAGCAACAUAACAGUUGCCCGAUUUUGAUUUUUUAAUGUUUUUAUUUUAUUCAAGUCGCAUUGUAAUAAUAUUGAACUGAGAAAUUAAGAUAUUUUGCCAAAAUAAAAUACGGUAUUUGC